GCGGCCUUAGGCUCCAACAGAGCUGACUAAUCGACGCAUUGACGAGAGACACAAAGAAGUCGCCAACGACAAUGAUGUUACCGUCUCACUCGACAGAUGCAAUCAGAAGUACCCCGCAGUUAGGCUCUUCUCCAUGACCAGGGCAAGGCAAUUGCUGCAUGGCCUGACCGCUGACGGUAUAUGGAUGUCUUGGAUAGCUAUGACUGCGUCGUCCGGCCCUUGCGGACCGUCCGCAAGGGCCGCAAAUUUCGGGGUCGCUCGGGGAUAUUUGGGCCGUAAGGAGCGGGCUGCUUCCCUCUUCAUUUCGGCAUGGCGACGCGGGCGGGAUCCAAUUUCCCCUUCAAAGCAUGACGGAGCAAUUCGAGACACUGAGGCAAGCAAUGGGGAAAAGACACUGGCACGGAGUGUCCUCCGUCCAUCGGCAUCCGGUGGAGGUCUGCAGAUCGGCGUUGAUAUUGCCUAGAUCAUUCAAGCCCUUCGGCGGCUCCUCUGUUUCUUGGUCUUCGGUCUUACUCUGUGGGGUGGUCUACGAGCCGCUAGAAAUCCUUUCGCGAAGUUCGGGAUUCAAGAAAAGCAUCGGUUUCGUUCGUGGGUUUUGCGGUUCUGAACACCAGCGCUGCUGUGCUGCCUGACUCGGCACAAACAUUAGUGGAUGGGCCUUUCCCCGGGUCUAUAUUCCAAUGAUCAUGUCCCAUGUGUUAGGUUUCUCCCUGCCCCGAUACCUGCAGAUUUCAGCUACUGCACGCAGAAAAAUGAACUAUGAAGACAGCGCUCCACGUUCGGUGAUGCCGGGAAUGGUCCGAAUAACUUGGGGUUGUGGGGAACCUCCGCGGGGGUAUGAAGUUUUACUCCGGAGUAGUGCCUGACUUGCUGCAUUCGCGAGAUUUCUCCGGUUGUAUGAUUUCAUCAGCUAACGAUGCACGAUAGUGGGCUUUUGUAAUUGCUCCUCGGCAAUAACUUCAGUACUCAGUAGUCUUAUUCAAUCUCGUGGCAUGAUCUUACAAGGAAACCGGGAAGCAAAACACAGAUGGCAUCGGCAUAUCCAAGAAAAACCCCCACACUAUCUCCCUCAUUGCCCGAUAGUGCAUACUCUGUAGUAAUGACUAAAUAGUAAAUACCUCACUCCCCGGUUUUCUGCUUGCUUUCCUCACGCCAACCAGCCGCUAGCCCCAGAUCCGGUACUUGCCCACCGCACCGACCCCAUAAACUACUCCAUCUUUUCUUCCGUCGGGGUGAACUACGUCACUUGUUCAUUUCGGCCUGGGCUUGGCACCGCACGAUCCAAAUCUCGGUGUAAUUUGUGGCUACCGUCUUCGACGGUCCUCGGGAAUUUUCUUGCAUUGUCAUCUUCUCAUUGAUUAUACGGACCGAUCCCGGUAGUACUAGUUAAUAGUCAACGAACUAAGAUAGACCAGUCUUUGUCUCUUUCCACCCGUCUCCAGUCUCCAUACUCCUUCACUGACUGGAUUCUGGAGUACUACUUGUGGGGUAUUAAAAGGGGAAAAAAACAAUUCAAGCUGGAGUUGGCGCACAGAACGUAGCACUCGGUCAAGGGAAGUAUGGAUCCGACGGUCCUCGUUCAUCGUUAACGGCCUUUGUUUCCUGCCGAUGAUUAGCCGUAGAGAAGGAAGGUCUGUAGUUUUUACCUUUUGAUUCUGGAUUGCUCGGUGCCUUUACUCUUUUCUUUUUGCCGGUAGUGUUUCUCGUCGGCUCUAUUUGCUGCUCGGCUUCCGUUUCUUCUUUCUUCUUUCUUCUUUUCGUUUCGUUUCGUUUUGUCUGUUUUUCUCUGCCAAAACUCUUGCUAGCUGUCUGAUGCGUUUGCCCAUACUGUCGUCACUCGGUUUCAAUGGUCCUCGGAGGUCUUUUGUCGUGUGAUAUGGACAUUGCAGAAGGGCUAGAAAGCGAUGAACUAUCUACUUAACGCUAAUAGAGCCCAGAACCCCACCCCCCGGAGGACAUUUAUUGUUUCGAUCCACUUGUUUCCCCCGUUUGCCUCUAUCUUAGUAUUCGGUAUAAGAUGGCAGGGCUAUCGAAGAAUUCAUCAGAUUAGAUAUGGGGGGGUAUUCAUAAGCUCAGUUGAGA